UAUCAUAAAAAAAAAUAUUCGCCGAGCAAACAGUUUGAAUAUAGUUCGUUAACAAAAUUGUUUAAUAAAUAUAAAACUUGUGCAGAGACGAAAUAAUACGUAGUGAAAUAUUGUAGCGAUGCCGUUCAAGAGGCACCUGGACGAGUCGUUCCCCCGUGUGUGGGACCGCUGGGAGACGGACGGCAAUACUUGGACCAUAGAGGACUUGCCUCCUGGCGAUGAGGACGAGGCGAUAGAUAUAAUGCUCAAACAUCUAUGUCCCGACGAACCGUUGUAUAUAUUAAACAAGUUACUGGACGACCCAGAAAGUGUACAAGAAAUGUGCAAAACUUGGCGACUCUGCUUCAAACAGCGCAUUAGCCUCGCUUGCUACGUGGAGUCUGGAAGUGAAAGGACACUGGUAGCACUUAACGUGUGUACAGUAAAGAUGAAAGGGGAUCGAACAAACACAGAGGUACGAGGUGAAAACUACAAAAAUGCUCAGCAAACACGUUUAUACCUGGAGUCAAAAUUAGAUAUUCUAGAACAUUUGAAUGUGGACAAGGCUCUCAUUGCUAUGGGAUUGGUUGUACGAAAAGAGUACAGAGGAGCUCGGCUUGGAAGCAGACUUCUGGCUGCAAGAGAGCCUCUAUGUCGAUAUCUUGGCAUUAAAGCUACCGUAUCUACCUUUACCAGCAUAAUUGCCCAAAAGGUUGCAGUGCGAAGUGGCUUCACAACCAUUCUAGAAGUAUCCAUCAAAGAACUGAGCGAAGCAGGAUUGAAAUAUCCCAAGGAAGAUAAUAGGAUAAUCAAAAUAAUGAUGAAGAAAUAUGAAUGACGUCAGAACAAAAGAUCCUGAAAAAAAAUAUUACAUAUAUUUUAUGCUUAAAACGAAAUGACAAUUUUAUAUAAUUUAAAAUUGGACACCACAAAAAAAGAAGAUUUCAAUUGUGGCAAAAAAAUAUUUUAGAAUAAAUUAAUGAAUUGAA